GAGAAGGAAAGUCUCAACUGGAGGAUGUUUUGACUAAAGGCGAAAUCCACAAGGAGAACUGGGAGGGUAAAAGAUUUGACUGGGUGAGAAGUGAAUUGGAAUUGGAAUUGCGAGUUGGCAUUGGGGAUAGAGCUUCUUUUUUUCCUUUCCCUGAAGAGAGCGAGAACGCCUUUGCUUUCUUUCUUUGCAUCUCGCCGGCCCAUCCUCCGCCAAUUUCUCUCUCUCUUUUCCUCAGAUCUUCAGCUCCCUUUGCUUGUUGUUUAAAGUAGAUUUAUUAAUUGACUAAUUGAUUUAUUGAUCGCUCGAGAUCCGGCGUACUGCUAUACGUCGUAAAGGGAAUGUGAAGUCCGCAAUCAAUUCAAAUUCAAAGCGAAGCCGCGUUGUACAUCCUGUUGCCCCUUCCAACCGAAGCCGCCUUGUAUUGCUUUCUUCAAGCUAUUAUAUUAUAAUUCCGCCUGAGAUCUGGUCCCUUCCCUGCCAGUUCCCUUGAUAGUUAUCAACGAAGCAAUUGUGCUAACGUAAAACAGGACGAACGAACAAGGAUAUGGAGUCGCAACCCGAGAAGAAAUCGUCGUCUGUGUCAGAUGUGGGAGCCUGGGCCAUGAACGUCAUCAGCUCCGUUGGAAUUAUAAUGGCUAACAAGCAACUCAUGUCCUCCUCCGGUUAUGCUUUCGGCUUUGCGACGACCUUAACGGGGUUCCACUUUGCGGUGACGGCGCUGGUUGGUCUGGUUUCAAACGCAACUGGUUUGUCGGCGUCGAAGCAUGUUCCUCUAUGGGAACUUCUGUGGUUUUCUAUCGUUGCAAAUAUGUCCAUCACUGGGAUGAAUCUCAGUCUUAUGCUUAACUCUGUCGGCUUCUACCAGAUUUCAAAACUCAGCAUGAUUCCAGUGGUCUGUGUGAUGGAAUGGAUUCUUCACAGCAAGCAAUACUCAAGGGAAGUUAAAAUGUCUGUUUUGGUUGUGGUUAUAGGUGUGGGUGUUUGCACUGUGACUGAUGUCAAAGUUAAUGCCAAAGGUUUUAUAUGCGCAUGUGUAGCAGUUUUGUCUACCUCUUUGCAGCAAAUUACGAUAGGUUCCUUGCAGAAGAAGUAUUCAAUUGGAUCUUUUGAGUUGCUGAGUAAGACAGCUCCGAUUCAAGCCCUCUCUCUCCUUAUUCUUGGUCCAUUUGUGGAUUUCUAUCUUAGUGGCAAAUUUAUAACAAACUAUAAGAUGACUUCUGGUGCUAUUUUAUUUAUACUUCUUUCAUGCUCUCUAGCAGUAUUCUGCAAUGUGAGUCAGUACCUAUGCAUUGGACGAUUCUCAGCUACCUCAUUUCAGGUUUUGGGGCAUAUGAAAACAGUAUGCGUUCUCACUCUUGGGUGGCUGCUCUUUGAUUCUGCGCUCACUUUCAAGAACAUAAUGGGAAUGAUUCUUGCCGUUGUGGGCAUGGUAAUUUAUAGUUGGGCUGUGGAGGUUGAAAAGCAGUCUAACACCAAGGCCUUACACCCGAUGAAGCACAGUCUAACAGAAGAGGAAAUUAGGCUUUUGAAAGAGGGAGUUGAAAACAUUCCUGUGAAGAGUGUUGAACUGGGUGACUCCAAAGUAUAGGUAUGUUGAUUUUGGAAAGGAAAUAUAGGUAUUUUUGUCAUUGUCAGUUAGUCUGUAUCUUCCCAAUAUUUAUGUGGUAGCAAAACUUGGUUUCAAUCUGCCUGACAUUUCACACAUUCAUUUUAGAAAUCUUGGUCCAUUUCAUUUCAUUUAAUUUUUUUUUCCACAUUUUAGUCAUCUUAAAUUAUUGUGUGAAUGUCAAGAAAGCAGUAAAAGAGAUCGUGACAGGACAAUUGUAUUGUCAAUGACACGCUAGUUCAAAUAUUUAUGUACCCAUAUUGAAUUCCCCAAAGUUUUUGGAUUUUCUUUCA